GCGUUCAUUUUAUGCAUGUAAGACAGCCGCGGAGAGCGGAGUGAGUCAUUUUCUCUCUUCAGUUUGAACUGAAUAACCCCACCCCUUCACCAGGGCUGUCCCGGAGUAGAGAACUGGUGGACCAAUGACUCAUGCGCAGUAGCGUUUCACAAUGUGGCUGCACGUAGCUAAACCUUUCCAUCGGUUCAAUCAGCGCCAGUGCGUUUUGCUCUCCAAAGCUGUGUGUCCCCACCGGCUGCACCUUAGUACCACUCAGUUCACAGACGCCUUCUAUGAUGGGCUGUAUCCUGGACAUAUCCACACCACCCCCAUCCAGAAAGCGCUACUGGCACUUGGGUCUGGUGUUGCUGCACUACAGAACCCCUACAGACAUGACAUGGUUGCAGUGCUUGGAGAGACUACGGGACACUUAGCGUUGAUAAAGCUCAGGGACAGGAUGAGAAACGAUCCCGAAGGCUACUCUGUCCUAACUGAAAGGCCCAGGAUCCGGCUGUCUACACUUGAUUUGAGCAAGAUGGCGUCACUGCCUGACGGCUCUUUUGGGAGAGAAUACUUCCGUUUUCUGGAGGACAAUCAUGUGACCCCUGACUCGAGGGCGGAAGUGAAGUUUGUGGACAAUGAGGAGCUAGCUUACGUCAUGCAGAGAUACAGAGAGGUCCAUGAUUUGCUGCAUACCUUGCUGGGCAUGCCCACCAACAUGUUGGGUGAGGUGGCAGUGAAGUGGUUCGAAGCUGCUCAGACUGGGCUUCCCAUGUGUGCUCUUGGAGCUGUGUUGGGACCAUUCCGGCUGAAUGCCAGCUCUGUAGUACCACAGAGGCGUAAGAGGAAACACUCCUGCCGUUUACAGUUGCUGUUCACGUCCUUGGGUCCUUGGGCUCUGCAGAAUGGUCAGCGGUCUCGCUGUAUCCUCAGCAUCUUCUACGAGAGACGAUGGGAGCAAAGCCUUGAAGACCUGCGACAGGAGCUCAACAUAGAACCGCCUCCUGUCAUACUCAGUGCCACUAAGAAGAAGAGCAACUGAAACUGUGUUAGCGGGCGAACCAGAAAUCUUUGAUGUACUUUACUGUGGAAGUUCUUUAUGAGAAGGAUAUUAUUAACUACUGAGGAAAAGGCGAAGUUUCAUACUUGCAUCUUACAUGCUUACAUCCCGAUUGCAUCUUUCAUCAUGUUAAGUCAGUUUUUACUUUGAAAUAUGAAUCAUCACUUGAGUGAAGUUGUAGGGCUCCUGGUCUAGGUUACCAGGUCAUGUUCAGUCUCCAUCUGUUGUUGAGUGUGUGACAAAAAUACAUUUAAAAACUGAAUUAUGUUUGUAAAUACUCAUACCCAUAUACUGGCGUGAUCUCACAAAAAGUAAUCUUUUUUUAUAUUCAAUAUUAUAAUUUAUUGCAAAUAUUUCUUCAGUUGUUAAAUUGGCUGUCAAAUUAUUAAGAAGAAGGGUUGUGCACCUGCAGUUGCAUUAACACUUACUGUAUGGGUGGGAAAGUAGCGGCUGUUCUUAAACAAAGUGCAGCUGCUACUGUUAUCUGACAUCACUGUUUUAUCACUUACUAAAUUCUAAAUAAAUAAAUGCCUCUCCUUUUCAUAGUAAUAAUGAUGUUAACAGGAAGUCUAAUUGUGUUCAUUUUUCUAGCUAAAAACAUUUUCCUGGUGAAAACCAAAUUCAGGGUCAUUAUUUAAAUAUGUAAAUGGUUAAUUUCACAGCUCCGAACCUUUACAUUAAACACCUGUUGCAUCAUAUGUUUAGCAUAGUUUUACUUUACAUCCACAUUUUGCUAUAAACACUGCACAAACAUAAUCUGUGAUGUUUACUUGGCACUUUUAUGUAUGACAAGUCCUAAAAGAGAUAACAUUAUAAAUUAAAAUCAGGCCAUUUCUCCACAAUGGCAUUUAUAGGAAGAUGUUUUUAUAGACAUAGACAUAUCUCUACUGAAAUCACAAGAAAUAUCUGGAGUUGUAACAUCCUGGGGAAUCCACCUUAUAACUUAAACAUCCUGAAGCUACUCAAAUCAAUUCUGUCUUAAUAGUAACAUAACAUUUCUUAGAAAAAAUGACAAUUUGUCUUAAAACGAUCAUUUAUAAAAGGAGGUAAUAACCGUGACGGUGUUUUUAUGUAGGGCUGCAGUGUACUUUACAGUUAAUGAACAAUAGUGCUACCAGUGAUGCCUUAUUUCGAUAUAAAUACCACUGAUUAUUGUGAGACAGUGAAGUUACUAUUUCAGGUUCAGUGUUUCAUUUUUCCAGUUUUGUCUCAUCGCCUACUGUCCCCCACUCACAUAUUGUGUCUGGUAUCAGAGGAACAAAUUGUUCCAGGUCACUUCACACUUCUUAAUGUCAGCAUGUUGCUUUCAUUGAUAGUUCCAUAACCCUGAAAUAAAAUAUGAGUGCAUCCA